AGGUCGACGAGUGCCGCCAGCUCGCCGUGCAGGCAAGCGCCGCGCUCGGCGCCCUCCGCGACCUGCCGCGUUCCGAGCAGGGCGGCGCCGCGGCUGGCGUCCUCGGGCUCCUGAGGCGGGCCGACGGCGCCCUGCAGUCGCUGGAGCUCGCCUCCAGGCAGGAGGCCCCCGCCGCGCGCGCGGACCUCGCGGCCGACGUGGCGGCCCUGCGGGCGGGGCUGCGCGAGGCCGCCGCGGAGCUGGAGCGGGCCCGCCGGGAGCUGCUGCUCGGGGCGGAGGCCGGGGGCGACACGGCGCGGCUGUUCCUGGGCCGCGGGGACCGAAGGCGCGCCGGAGCGGCGACGGAUGCGCUGCGCAAGGGCCACUCCCGCCUGGGCAGGGCGAACGCGCAGGCGCUCGAGACCGAGGAGGUGGGCGUUCUGACCCUGCAGCGGCUUCGCGGGCAGCGCGAGCAGAUCCUUGCGAUGGAGGACAGGACGAAGGACCUGAAGAACAACCUCACCGAGGUCGAAAUCUCCUUGCAGGAGCUGGAGAAGGCGUGCUGCUGGAAGUGGUGGUGACGUGUCGCCGUGGCGCCCUGCCCGGGGCGCGGCAGCCUCUCAUCCGGAGGCGCGUUCGCUCGCGGCCCGUCUACCACAGAGCGGCGGACUGCUCGCAUCGAAACUGGCUGACGAGCGCUGGCUCGCCCAGACGCGUUCGGGCCUGCGGCUCGUCAGCCAGCGGGGACCCCGCAGGCGCAGCGGCCACCACACGCGUGGCCUGCGCCCGGGCUUCGAGGUGGAGCAUCGCUCG